AUGUCGCUCGCAACGCUGACGCCGGCAAGUGUCAAGUAUGUCUUGCUGGAUUCGUUGGUAAUCAUGAAAAUCGUGAAGCACGUCGACAGCGAGCUGUACGCCGGAAUGAGCGAGGUUCUUGCAAAUUUGUAAUUUAUAUUCCUUAUCAGUUGGUCUUAAUUUGUAGUUUUCAUCUGAUUGAAUUCAAAAGAUAUCACACUUAUAAAAAAAUAUUUUGUUGCCUUUAUUUACAUUGUUUUUUUAACUUUUUAAAUUUCUCUGUUUAAAAGUUUUUGUAAAGCUGAAGAUUAAUUUAAAAAAAAGUGCGAAGCAUUCAAGGUUGCUGGGGAAGCAUGUCAGGGCCUUCUGACCGGUCUCGUUUCUAUGGAAGAGAAUCGCCUUGAAAUUACCAACUGCUUCCCAACUGCGAGAACUGAACCUAUCAUGGACAACGACGAAAGCUCCUCUCAGGUUUUUUUUUUGACAAAAAUCAGAAAAAUCUGAAUCGUUCAGGCCAACCAAGCAUAUGAAGAACUGAAGCAGCAAGAAAUGCUCGAUAUGCUUCGGAAAUUCAGGUAGGCUUCUUAGUUCAUACAAAAUAAUUAUGUAUUGGAUUAUUAUAAACAUUAUAUUUUCAGAAACAUGAACAUCGAUUACGAAAUUGUUGGUUUCUACCAAGCUCAUCCAUUCGGCGCUUGCUUCACACAGGUGAGUGGAGAAGAUAUAUCAAAAAAUUGAGCUUGAUCAUGCGAACCUGAAACAAAUAUUCAGUUCUCGUUAACUUAUCUUCAGUAAUUUUUUGAAAAUUUUGAAAAAAUUAUCAUUUCGAGAGUUAUUUUUUGCGAAAGGGAAUUCCUUCGUCUUUUCAUAAUAGAAGAAAUUUUUCUCGAAAUUUUCAUAGUUAUCAAGCUAUUCGUACAUCUGACGUUGUAGGAGGAAGGUAAAAUUCCUUUGAAGUUCCGAAACUUUUAGGAGCUUGUCGAUUCGAUGUUCGACUACCAAAGCAACGGGCCAGAAGACGUCGUGAUUGUCUACGACCCCGUGAAAACUCGACAAGGUCAACUUUCUCUCAGAGCCUAUCGCCUUUCUUUGCCCGCUCUCGAAUUGGCCGCCAAGAACGACUGGAGUCCCGAAGCGUUUGUUUUUUUCUCUUUAAAAAUAUUUCUAUGAUUCCGAAGAUAUUUUGAAAACAGUAAAUUUCAAAAGAGUGUUAUUAUCAAUGUUAAUUUCCAAUUUUUACAGCAGUUUUCCACGAUCGUAUGUAUUUUGUCGUUAUGAAUGUCUUUUUCUCAUAAGAUCGAUUCAAAUUUAUUUCUUUUCGAUUUUCGAAUUUCCAGGUGAAUUAAAACGGUUAGAAAAGUUGAAAUAGUUUCAAAAAAUGAGAUUAUUAUGUAUUCUAUCGAAAUAUUGUGAAGGUUAGUUAGUCAAAUCAAUGUUCAAAUAAUGAUUUACACCAGAAACAAUUUUUUUUGUCAUCAUAAGUCUUAAAAGCGAAAAUCUUCAAAUGGAUUUGGCCACAAUUUUUUAAAUGAUAAUAUACGUUUGUUUCAAAAAUGUUGUACUGUAUUCUGCUUUUUAUACUCUAUUACAAGUCUAUUUUUAAUUUUUCCAGUAUUUUAGUUUUUCUAUCUCCUCACAUAACAGGUCAAAUGCUUCGAAACUGCGAUUUUCUGAGUAUGAGAUAGAAUUUUUGAAAUUCAGUGUGAAAGGGGCGAAUCUGACGUACGAGAACAUGUUCGAAGAGCUUCCAAUCGUGAUCAAAUCUUCAUAUUUGGUCAACGUGAUGAUGGCCGAACUCGCUCUGGCGCCAAGUCGCGUCGCCGACAAAAGAUCUGCUCAUCUGGAGCUCGGCACCAAGCGGUAAGUUGUCUUCUUAUAAAAAUAUGUCGAAAAAACUUGAAUGUUAAAUAAAUAUUGAUUGAAAAUAAGCUUCUUCGGCAUAUGAAGUUUUUCUUUAUAAGUAACUGGAACUUAUCUGAUUUCAGCAAGGUCUAAAGUGUCAUCAGGUUAUUAUUUUUUAUCUCACUUUUCUAAUAAAUAUUCCCUCUCUGUUUUUUUCUUAAGAGAUAGCUUCUUCUUUUUGAAUUAUUUGCUCUGUGAAGAUGUGUUUUUUUCUCAGUUCACUCGAAAAGAGCGUCCGACAGUUGAUGGGAAACGUUGACGAACUCAACAAAUCCAUUUCUGCAUUCACGAAAUACACUGGAGACAAGCAGAGACAUGAGAACGUCGUUUUCAAUUUGACACAAAAAGAGGGUAAGUUCAGAGUAAAAUCGCAUGAAAUAAUCUUUAAAAUGCACAGUUUUGAUUUGAAAAAAUUCUUAUUGGAACACGAUUUGAAGUUUAUUUGAGCUAGAAAAUGUCUGGUAUCGCAAAAAUUGGACCUUUAAGAGUGCUCUUUGAAUCUGCUUCUUAAUAUGAAUCUUCAUCACAAAAAUUUUUAGAUUUUCUUUAAUAAAUUCAGUUUUUUUCGCACUUUCUCUCUCGCAUUAGACUUUUUCUAAUGCUUGAAAAACUAAUGUGUGCUUCUCAAAAAUUUCUGCCAAAGCUCCACUUUCGUUACUUUGAAGAUGCUCAUUGUAAAAAAAAGUUAAGAGUUUUUCUUUCCCACAGAAAGAUCCACGUUUUGCGAUAUUGAUUGAAAUAAUCAUGUUAUUUUCUCAAUUCUCUCCCCAAAUUUUCAAAACUUUGUUAACUUUCAUUUCAAUUUUCCAAUAAUACUUCUUUCGUUGGAGAAACAAAUUAUACUUCAAAUUUUCAGCAACAAGAAAACGAAGCGCGCGUCGCACGCGGAGAGCCGCCGAUCUCGAUGGAGGACAUCAAGAAGAUGAAGCCGCCCAUGUUGCAGACCCGCAACGGAAUGCUCGACUCCUUGCUUGCCAGCUGCGAUUCUCACACGCUCUCCGAUUUUUGCAAUACGGUAUGAAAAGUUUUGAAACAGUUUGAUUUGUAUGUGCCCUCUCUUCUCGUUAGUGAGGUAAUAUUUAAAAAAAAAACGUGAACGCAAGAUAAUCUGUGAGGAAGAAGAAACUUUUUCAAGUCGUAGAAAUGCUUUUUUUAAAAAUGCAUAUUGAAUAAUUUUCCUGUAACCUCAGCCUUUAAAUAAAGUUUUUCUAAUAAAAAAGUUCAGGUAACCGGCGAAAACCUGGCGAAACUGUUCCUCGCAGAGGCGAUCGCCGACGAGAAACUCGUGGGCAAGGAUCGGGCGCUGAGUUCUGUUUCAUCCACCCGUUAA